CCGGUGAUGCGCUGACGGGGGUUGGCCCCCACCGGGCCGGUACCGGUUGAGCUCCCCCCCCCCACCUUUCCACCCCCGUUAAUCCGGGCAAAGUGGGGGGGGCGUCGGAAGAGACGGCGGCGGCGGGAGGAGAAGAAGGAGAAGGGCCGGGCCCGCGGGCCUCGCACGCAGCCGCCGCGAUGCUGCAGAACGUGAACCCCCAGAGCAAGCUCCUAGGGGAGAGCAACGCCGGGCUCAUGGCUCUGGCUACGGAAUCGACCCCCGGCAAGCGGAUCCGCAAACCCUCCCUCCUCUACGAGGGCUUUGAGAGCCCCACCAUGGCCUCGGUGCCGGCGCUGCCGUCUCCGCAGGUGAACCCGCCCCCCCCUGAGGUUUCCAACCCCAAGAAGCCCGGCCGGGUCACCAACCAGCUCCAGUACCUGCACAAAGUGGUGAUGAAAGCCCUCUGGAAGCACCAGUUUGCUUGGCCCUUUCGGCAGCCGGUGGACGCCGUCAAGCUGGGGCUCCCGGAUUACCACAAGAUCAUCAAGCAACCCAUGGACAUGGGGACCAUCAAGCGGCGCUUGGAGAACAACUACUACUGGGGGGCUGCCGAGUGCAUGCAGGACUUCAACACCAUGUUCACCAACUGCUACAUCUACAACAAGCCCACGGAUGACAUCGUGUUGAUGGCCCAAACCUUGGAGAAGAUCUUCCUGCAGAAGGUGGCUCAGAUGCCACCCGAAGAGCAGGAGAUCGUGGUGCCGGUGGCCAGGAACAGCCAUAAGAAAGGAGCGUCGCGGGCGGCAGCCCUCUUGGCCGGCCUCACCGCCGCGCAGCAAGUCCCCGCCGUCUCCUCCGUGUCCCACGCCACCGUCUACAGCCCGAGCCCCGAAAUCCCAACCACCAUCGUCAACAUUCCCCAUCCGUCGGUCAUCACCGCUCCGCUCCUCAAGUCCCUGCACUCGCCCGCGCCGCCGGUGCUGGCGGCACCGGCACCCACCCAGCCCGUGGCUAAGAAGAAGGGCGUGAAGCGGAAAGCGGACACCACCACCCCCACCACCACGGCCAUCAUCGCCACCAGCGGCGGCGGGGGCGAAUCCUCGCCUUCGGCCACGCUGUUGGAAAGCAAAGCGGCCAAAAUCCCGGCGCGGCGCGAGAGCGGGCGCCCCAUCAAGCCCCCCCGGAAGGAUCUGCCCGAUUCCCAGCAGCACCAGACGUCCAAAAAGGGGAAGCUGUCGGAGCAGCUCAAGUACUGCAAUGGGAUCCUCAAGGAGCUGCUCUCCAAGAAGCACGCAGCCUACGCUUGGCCCUUCUACAAGCCCGUCGAUGCCUCGGCUCUGGGGCUCCAUGACUACCAUGAGAUCAUCAAGCACCCCAUGGACCUCAGCACCAUCAAGCGGAAAAUGGAGAACAGGGAUUACCACGACGCGCAGGAGUUCGCUGCCGACGUCCGGUUGAUGUUCUCCAACUGUUACAAGUACAACCCCCCCGACCACGACGUGGUGGCCAUGGCACGCAAGCUGCAGGACGUGUUUGAGUUCAGCUACGCCAAGAUGCCGGACGAGCCGCAGGCCGCCAGCCCGCCCUCGGUAUCGGCUCCGCUUCCCGGCGCCCUUUCCAAAUCCACCUCGGAAGAAUCCUCCAGCGACGAGGAUGACGACGAAGACGACGACGAGGACGACGAAGACGACGAAAGCAGCAGCGAGAGCUCCUCGGAGAGCGAGGAGAGCUCCGACUCGGAGGAGGAACGGGCCAACCGCUUGGCUGAGCUGCAGGAGCAGUUACGUGCCGUCCACGAGCAGUUGGCUGCCCUCUCGCAGGGCCCCGUCUCCAAACCCAAAAGGAAGAGGGAGAAGAAGAAGAAGAAGAAAACGGAGAAACACAAAAAAGGGGGAGACGAGGAAGCGCGGCUGAGGCAGGCGCAGCUCCGCCGGGCACGGAGAGCCGCCGCCGGCGGCACCCGGAACUCGAAGAAGGCGGCGAAAGCGGCGCUGCCGCCGCCGCCGUCGGCGCUCUACGACUCGGAGGAGGAGGAGGAGAGCAAGCCCAUGACGUACGACGAGAAGCGCCAGCUCAGCCUGGACAUCAACAAGCUGCCCGGGGAGAAGCUGGGCCGCGUGGUGCACAUCAUCCAAUCCCGGGAGCCCUCGCUGCGGGAUUCCAACCCGGAGGAGAUCGAGAUCGACUUCGAGACCCUCAAGCCCUCGACGCUGCGGGAGCUGGAGCGCUACGUCCUGUCCUGCCUGCGGAAGAAGCCGCGCAAGCCCUACAGCGAGACGUUGAAGAAGCCGGUGGGGAAGACGAAAGAGGAGCUGGCGCUGGAGAAGAAGCGGGAGCUGGAGAAGCGGCUGCAGGACGUCAGUGGGCAGCUCAACUCGGCCAAGAAACCCCCCAAGAAGGCCAGCGACAAGGCCGAGUCCGCCCAGCACGUGGCCGUGUCCCGCCUGAGCGCCUCCAGCUCCAGCUCGGACUCGAGCAGCUCCUCCUCCUCCUCUUCCUCCUCGGACACCAGCGACUCCGACUCGGGGUGACGGGGAUGAUGACGCCAUCGAUGACGUCAGCGGGAUACAACCCCUCCCUUCCCAUUCCCUUCCUUUUCUCCUCCUCUCCCCGCCCCGCCCCCCCUCCUUCCCACCCCCUCAGCGAUGGGAUUGGACAGAAAUGGAUCUGUGGGACCGGACUGAGCCCCUCCCACCCCACAGCCCCUCCCCCAACCAAAAGGGGGCGGGGUUAAGGGGGAGCCCCUCCCACACACAGCCCCUCCCCCAACCAG